CCCAUUGAUUUGAAUGCAUGCACCACUGCACUUCACAUUUUUCAGUUGAAUGAAGAUGGCCCCAUCAGUGAAAACUUGGAGGAAGAGACAGAAAAUAUAAUUGCAGCAAAUCACUGGGUUCUGCCUGCAGCUGAGUUCCAUGGGCUUUGGGACAGCCUAGUGUAUGAUGUGGAAGUCAAAUCACAUCUCCUUGAUUAUGUGAUGACCACCUUACUCUUCUCAGACAAGAAUGUUGACAGCAACAUCAUCAGCUGGAACCGAGUGGUGCUUCUGCAUGGUCCCCCAGGAACUGGAAAGACAUCUCUGUGCAAGGCACUGGCCCAGAAACUGACCAUCCGACUGUCUAGCAGGUACCGGUAUGGCCAAUUAGUUGAAAUAAACAGCCACAGCUUGUUUUCUAAGUGGUUUUCAGAAAGUGGCAAGCUGGUAACUAGGAUGUUCCAGAAGAUCCAAGACUUGAUUGACGAUAAAGAAGCACUGGUGUUUGUGCUGAUCGAUGAGGUAGAAAGUCUCACAGCUGCUCGCAGUGCCUGUAGGGCAGGUGCUGAGCCAUCCGACGCAAUCCGUGUUGUCAAUGCCGUCUUGACCCAGAUUGAUCAGAUUAAGAGGCAUUCCAAUGUGGUGAUUCUGACCACCUCCAACAUCACCGAGAAGAUCGAUGUGGCCUUUGUGGACAGAGCUGACAUCAAACAGUACAUCGGGCCACCCUCUGCGGCAGCCAUCUUCAAAAUCUACCUCUCUUGUUUGGAAGAACUAAUGAAGUGCCAGAUCAUAUACCCCCGCCAGCAGCUACUGACCCUCCGGGAGCUGGAGAUGAUUGGCUUCAUUGAGAACAACGUGUCAAAGCUGAGCCUGCUUUUGAGUGAAAUUUCAAGGAAGAGCCAGGGGCUCAGUGGCCGGGUCCUGAGGAAGCUCCCUUUUCUGGCUCACGCGCUGUAUAUCCAGGCACCUACUGUCACCAUUGAGGGGUUCCUUCAGGCCCUGUCUCUGGCAGUGGACAAGCAGUUUGAAGAAAAAAAGAAGCUUUCCACCCACAUUUGACUCUGCAGCCCCCUGGUUUUCUCUGAAGAACCAGAGUGUGUGACGCUUCAGACGCACUUCUUUCUGCAAGCCACCAAGGCCUGUGGCCGGAGCACAUUGUCACCGGAAGGCAUGUACUUGCGCUGCUUUAAGCGCAUACUUAGAAGACAAUGGCUUGUCAUUUCUAAUUUUUAAAAGAAUGCAAAUUC